UUUUACUUCUCAUGCGCGCGGAUGUCGACAUUCUCUUGAUAGAAAGGCAGAUAGAAGAAUUAAUAAUACCGUCACGCUUCACCUUGCAUCUUCGUCCUCCUCGAGACUCGGAGAGUAAUCGCUUGUAAUCAAUAACGAGGCUACCGAUUUACGGAUAGCAGAAAGCUCAGAUUGAUGUCUUUUCUCGAGGAGCCUGAGCCCCUGUUCCUGCUCAGCGGUAUACGCCACAAAUCCCGUAUGUAUUCAGAAACCUUAAUUCAGCAAGCAACGGCGUCGCUAUCGGCUUCGAGCUGUUCCAACGGCCACGGCAAAGUCGGCGAUGCAUGCCGAGAUGAUGCGGCCGCUUUCCGGCUUAAGAUGAUGGCGGUCGGAGCAAUACUGGUAGCCGGCGUUGGUGGCGUUGCGAUUCCUCUUGUGGGGCGGAAGCGGCGGAUUCUUCGAACGGAUGGAAGCCUCUUCGUGUUGGCAAAGGCGUUCGCCGCGGGGGUUAUCCUCGCGACUGGAUUCGUCCAUAUGCUUCACGACGCACAGACUGCUCUUACCGAUCCCUGCCUUCCGGAAUCCCCAUGGCAGCGAUUUCCCUUCUCAGGCUUCUUUGCAAUGCUCGCUGCGCUUGGAACCCUCGUCGUGGAUUUCGCGAGCACGCAGAUGUAUGAGCGAAAGCAUCGUGAGGAGCAGAUGGGUCUGAAAGCGGCCGCUUCCGCCGCCGCAGCUGCUGCGACCUCGUCGGAUUCGAUCAUUGCAGCGGCGCCGGAGUUUGACGAGGAGGUCGGUGACGGCGAGGAUCCUAUGCACAUCGUCGGAAUCCACGCGCACGCAGCGUCUCAUAGUCAUACACACUCUCACCCGCACGGGCAUGCGCAUGCCCACGACGACGAGGGCCAAGUCUCUUCGCACGUGAGGCACGUAGUCGUCUCGCAGAUUUUGGAGCUGGGGAUUGUCUCGCACUCCGUUAUUAUCGGGUUAUCGCUGGGCGUAUCGCAGAGCCCGUGCACAAUCCGGCCAUUGAUCGCUGCGCUCUCUUUCCACCAGUUCUUCGAGGGGUUCGCGUUGGGCGGGUGUAUAUCGCAGGCGCAGUUCAAGAACUCGGCGGCCGCGUUGAUGGCGUCCUUCUUCGCGAUAACGACGCCGGCGGGAGUCGGUGUUGGUACGGCGCUGGCGAGGCAAUACAACAGCAGAAGCCCGCGUGCGCUCGUGGUCGAAGGCGUACUGGAUUCUGUGUCCGCCGGCAUACUCAUCUACAUGGCGCUCGUCGAUCUCAUCGCAGCCGACUUUCUAAGCCGCCGGAUGAGCUGCAAUUUCCGGAUGCAGGUCGCCUCCUACGUCGCGCUUUUCCUCGGCGCUGCUUCCAUGUCUUCUCUCGCCGUCUGGGCUUAGUGAAGCUUAAGCUGAUGGAUUCGGAGGUUCAUCAGCUAAACAGUUCAUGUUCAUAUUGAUUGAUGGCUUGAGAACUGGUGAUUCUCAGUCGUGUUUAAACAGGUUCUAAGUUCCGUAGAUGAAAGAAUUCAACUCGGUACACGAACAUGUAAUAUUCUUUUAUUUUUAUCCUUAUGAUAAGUAGUUAAGUUAUUAAUUAGAAAUAUUAAUGAAAUAUAAUUCGUUAAUAAUUUUUA